UGUGAUGCACAACUCGUACACCCCUCACUGAGUCAACACCAACGAUUACAUGAAUCGCCUCUCGAUCUGUAAGUUCACAAAAAGAUCCCAGAAAUAUGAAAUUCCCCUAAUAUCUGAUGGAAACCCUAACCCUAACCCUAGCUCUAGUCUUAGUGCCAAUUGGUUUACUCAGAUCGUCCCUUCGUUCAAUUCUCAAUGCCAAAUUCAAUCUCUCUUUCUUCUUAUCCGCUGAUUAGCUAAUUAAAACCUCAAAUUUUUUUCGUGAUCAUCAGAUCAAAAUAUUUGGUCCUUUCUGUUUUUCGUGUAGUUCCUUUCUUUUUUUCCUAAUUUUUGUAUUGUUAAUAAUUGGUGUAGAGGUUUUAUUUUCCGUUAUGCAUCUGUAGAAUAAUUUUGUUCGAUUACAAAAAAUAAUAAAACAGGAAAGUAUUUUUUUCCGUUUUAUAUUUAAUUAUAUAUAUACAUUGUAUCGCAUAUAUAUAAAGAGUGAAAGGGACAGGGACAGAGAAAGAUGGGGAGUUCGGAAACUGGAGGAGUGGAUUGCAGCGUGGGGAGUAUAGUGUGGGUCCGGAGGCGAAAUGGGUCUUGGUGGCCAGGAAAGAUAAUAGGGACUGAAGAGCUCUCGGCGUCCCAUAUAACGUCUCCACGGUCCGGAACUCCGGUUAAGCUUCUUGGAAGGGAAGAUGCAAGUGUAGACUGGUACAAUUUGGAGAAAUCUAAACGUGUGAAGGCGUUUCGGUGUGGCGAGUUUGACGAGUGUAUAGAAAGGGCUGAAGCUUCUCAGGGCAUGCCUCCAAAGAAAAGAGAGAAAUAUGCACGUCGGGAAGAUGCAAUCCUCCAUGCUCUUGAACUUGAGAGACAGUUAUUGGAGAAAAGUGGGAAAGUGAGUUCUGCUUCUGAUGAUAGGAACAAGAAGUCUGAAGAUGUCACUUAUUCAGGUCACUAUGAAAAUGGAAGUGGAAAUCAGAUAGAUCCCAGGUCUCUUCAAGUUUCUGAGAGGCUUGGUUUGAAAGUUGCAGAGAACCAUGUGGCGAAUCAUAUGCAUGGAGAUAAAGUCCGGGAGGGAAACCAACUGAGAGGAGAUGAUGAUAAUGCUGGUGUACUACCCCGGAUGAGAGGAUUGCAGGACAUUGGUCUUCGGAGUGCUCUGCUGCAAAUGCAUAAGCUUUCUCCUUCAGUAGAUUCAAAUAUUUCUCCAAAACCUCCUGUUGUUUGCAGCACUCCUGCACUCCCUAAUGAUGCUUUUUCAGCAGACUGUAAAGCUGACCCCAAUAUAGAAAAUUUGUCAGACAAUAGGAAAAGGUUGGAUGAAAGCUUGGCCGACGUAUCCAUUGUCAAGAGGCACAGACAGCGCCCUCUUACUCAAGUACUGGAGAAUAGUGCAAAAUUACCAGUUCCAGAAUCUCAGAUGGAAACAUCCAUUUCCAAGUUUGAAGAAAGUUAUAAUCCACAUUCUGCUGAUUAUGGUGAAGAGCACACUUCUGAGUCCACAGAGGACACUGAAACAGAUUCUUCUGAGACCGAUACAAUGGAAUCAGAGUCUGAUGACGAGAUGACUGCUCUUUCUGAUGGUUCUGCAUCCAUAGAAUUACAACCCAAAUAUCCAAGAACUGAAGAACAAGAAGAACGUGGAGGCAUGAGCAGUGAUGACCUUGAUGAACUGGAAUUUGGAGAUGAUACCCCCCGUUCUUUUCACAACAAUCCACUCUCGGCUAGCAUGGAGGGGUCCAGAUGGCAGCUGAAAGGGAAAAGGAAUAACCGUGGUCUUAUGAAGAGGUCUGAUGCGGAAGUUUCCAGAGGAUAUAUACAUGGAAGAAAGUCGAAUUGGAGCAGUAGUGGUAAAAAAUCUGAUUUGAUUGAGAGAAAUUUUAGGACUAACAUGCCUGGAUAUGGAUCUACAGGUCUCCCAGAUGGCUUGGUUUGGAAUGAUCACUCAUCCAAGAGAGGAUAUUGGGACGAUUCAAUCGAUCCUUUAUCUGCUCAGCAUCAUUUUGGUGGAAGGACCAUGUUGCUGGACGUGGAUUUGAAGGUUCAGGCGAACAACUACCGAAGAGAUGUCCCUCUCAUUUCUUUGCAGAGUAAGCUAAAUGGACAUGCUAUAAUAGGACACCCAAUCCAAAUUGAAGCUCUUGAAAGUGGUUCCUCAGAAAACCUUAUUCCUGCAACUGAUCGUUUUUAUCCUGAGACAUCGGAGAAUCAUACAGCACUUACACCCGUAUGGACGACUGCUCGUAGAACAUCAAAUUUUCGGGUUCCACGACCACACGUUUCCUCGGCAAUGAGUAGUGAAAGUAAACCAGAUCUUCAAGUUGUUGUUGACCAAUACAAAAGAAUGCCAUUUGGACACUCCCAACAUUUGGACAGAUCUCCAAGAAAUUUACCGACAAAAAUUAUUCCAUCUUCCAACCAGAAGACAAGAACUCUUUCAUCGAUUGCUUCAGGAUCGAAACAUUGUGUUGAUCAACAAGGGGGAUGCAACGAUUAUGAAGCAGAUGGGUUGAAGAAAAACCAGGACACACCACCAACAGUAGCUUGUAUACCCGUUAAGUUGGUAUUCAGUAGGUUACAUGAGGAGUUGGCUGGGCGCCAUCAGUAAUGAAGUCAUGAGUCAUGAUCCCGAAUGUGGAAAUAAAAGACGGUAAUCGCCAUUAGCCUUGAUGUAAAUUCUUAGAGAGUAAUAAUAAUAUGACCCCCAGAUCAAACCGUUCUUUUCUUCUGAAGCUCCAUCUUUGUAUUUAUUUUGGUUUAAAAACCUGUAGAACGGAUUGAAACAUGAAAUGAAGAAUCAUAGGAUGUUUUGAAGGAUAUAUAUAUUUGGCUGGCUUUGUAUGCACAAGAGGAUGGUGCUUUGGUGUGCUCUAGGGAUAGAAAUACAUAAUGUAGAUUUUAUAUAGAUGAAUAUACAAUCGUAUCUUGACAUGUA